CACAAGGAGGUAAAACAGAUAUAAAAUAAUAAAUAAAUAAAGACCAAAGAGAAUCUACACAAUAAUCACAUGCUCAAAGGAAAAACUGGAAAAAAGAAAUAGGUGAAGUUUCCUGUUUCCCAUUACUUUAUACCAAAACUCAAACUUUCUCUUUUUCUCUCUAAAAUCUCAUUGACUGUGCUCUGUUGCAAAGCCACCAUGGUCGAGGGUUUGAUCCAAUCUCUACUCUAAUUCAGGGAUAUAUUUUUGAGUGGGUUGCUCAUCAUAUAAAAAUUGUGAGGAAAGUAGUCUGCUCAACAAUGAGAACUGGAAUAGAUUGUGCUUGAACUGUUUUGAUAUACUUCAGUCUGAUAUAAAAUGGAAGAUGAGAACGGACUUGACCUUGGCUUGGGUCUAUCUUGUGGUGGAUUGUCUGUCAAGUCCAAGGGUAAAAUUGGUAGCUCAUCAGAUGCUAGGACAGAAGAAGGUGAUAGAGGGAAUAAAUUAGUGGAUGAUUUUAAAAACUUUCUUCAAGCUGGCACCCAGAAGCAGGACUCAAGUACAGGAUCUCAAAGAAGUGAUUCAGUAAAGCCUCAGGAAAACUUUUUUAAUGACCUCACUAAAACCAAUGUUGAAGCAGAUGUUUCUAUAAACUUAAAUGGGAGAGGAAUCUGGGUUGCAAGCAGUAACAAGUCUGCUGAAAUGGAGGAAGAAAAACGGCUAGAGGUGGGUAACAAGCGUAAGAUGUUGUUUGAUGAGAUGAACCAUCAAAAGAAGCUUGAGAGAGAAGCUCAUGCUGAUUUACAUGACAAGACAAGAACAUCACACAUUUCUAUAACAACAGAAGAUGGCUCAACUGCUGAAAAUGAAGAUGUGGCAGAGUCUGAAGUUGAGGGUUCAACCUCUAGGCUUGUUUCACAACAUGAUGAUGGCUCCAAACGAUUCUUUGGUGUUGGUGCUUCUUCUGAGGUUCGUGGGUUUGCUGAUUCAAGUGUUCUGGACUUAAAUGGGCAGAAGAGGUUUAACAGUCCAUCAGAAAAUGAAUUUAAACUUGGCAAUGUGACCUAUGGUGUUCCUUUCAUCCAAUCUUUAAACAUGAUGAAUGUACCUUACUCUUUACCUGUGAAGGAGUCAAGCUCUGUUGGUGCACCCAGCACAGCAGGCCAUCCACUCCCCGGUAUGGUGCAGGUGAUGCCUGCUGCAAGUAGUGAUCGAUCAGCAACACAAUCUGUGAAUCCUGGCAACUUGCCACUGAUGUUUGGCUAUCCUCCAGUCCAGCUUCCGAUGUUGGAUAAGGAUAACUCGCGGGGUUUGGUUUCUCAAGCUCAACAGUUCCACCCUUCCUAUGCUGGUAGAGGUCCACCAAACACAGUAAUUGCGCCUAAUUCAUCAGAGGCUACACAACAUGAUGGGAGGAUUUCAGAACGGGCCAAAGGUGAUGGCAAACAGCAUGGCCCUGAAGAGGGGUCCUCUUCUCAGGCAGAAGAAGAUGGGAAAGGGAGUAGCACAAACCUCAGGGCAAAAGAUGCUACUGAUCGCUUAACAGUAGAUGGUUUUUCUCUCGAUUUUUCAGCUAUAAAGCCAGGCGUUGCGGCAGACCUGAAGUUUGGGGGAUGUGGUUCUUACCCAAACUUACCUUGGGUUUCUACCACAGCUCCAGGUCCAAAUGGAAGGACAAUUUCGGGUGUUACUUACAAAUACAACACAAACCAAAUUAGGAUUGUUUGUGCUUGCCAUGGUUCUCAUAUGUCUCCUGAAGAGUUUGUUCGCCAUGCUAGUGAAGAACAUGUUAAUCAAGAGAAUGGCACUAAUCUGGCAACAUUUCCUAGUAGCAAUCCUGCAGCCUCUGCUCAGAGCUGAUUCUGUGACGUUGUGUUCAACUGGACUAAUAAUUCUUGACAUUUGUGGAGGAAAACCUGGAUGUUUUUCUCUGCACCUACAAGAUUCCUCCUUUCCUCAUUGUCCUUGCUUGUUAUUUGUCUUCCUUACAUCAGUUGGCUUAGCUUUUGCAAUCAAAUAUUGCAGCUUUAUGUAAUAAUCUCCCUCCAUAAUUUCUUAGUCAGUUUAUUGUAUUAGUCCUAUUACAGUAUCUUUUGAUUAAAAAAAUCUUUGUAUAAAUGAUACAAGUUUUAGCUGCUUGACGCACUCCAA